CGGGGCGCGGCGGGGGCGUGCACACUCCACGGGGACACGCGCUCUCGGUCGCUGCAACUCCUCCAAGUUCCCUCCCUCCAUCUCCGGGGAAGCCAGCCUGAGCCCUCCCUCUCGGCGGAGCCCGAACCAUCGCGCCGCCGCCAGCUGGGCCCUCCGUGGCCGCGAGUCUCGGGCCCGCUCGGCCGCCCGGAUCUUCUUCUCCGCGCCCGGGGCCGCGCGCGGUAGGCGGCGGGGAGUCUCGGCUGCAGCGCGCGGGUUCCCCGCGGACCCCGAGCGACCGACCGCGCCGGCCCGGCGCCCCGAUCGGGCCGCACCUUCCGCGGCCGGGGAGCGAGCGAGAAAUUCCUAGUUGGACAUCCAGAGUCCUCAUGCUGAUCUUGUCCUGAAUUGAAAGUUAUCAAGAGUCUGUAAGAUCUGAAAGGGAAAUAAAAGGAUGAAGCAAAAUACAGGCCUCUAGAGGAAGAAACCAGUGAUUCCAGUGGAAGCAGUGUGCCUUUCUUUCCCAUUGAAACAGAUAAAUGAGGGAAACAGAGGGAUAGUGUUAAAGGCUACAAAAUCGAAUUACUGCUUCAUCUAGAGCCACAUCUAGGCUGAGGGCUCUGCCCCGCAGUUGAACACAAAGACCAGGAGGAGAUUCCCACAUCCAUCCUUGAAGGGAGAAGAAAGAAAGAGAAAGAAAGGAGGCAGCGAAGCAGAUCAAAGGAAUUUGUGGCUUGUGACCUUUUCGGACCCGGGGCUGCCUGGGAAGUGAAUGAAGCUCCCGGUAGUGGUUCUCGAGGUGUGAGAUGAGGCGCUGUCCUGGCCGCCGCUGCUGCUGCUGCUGCUGCGGUCACUGAUUCCAGCCCCGGCCCGCUGCCCUUGGUGCCUCGUGUACAUGUGUCUAUUCAGCGCAUCCACAGGCGCCCAGAAGAGAAUCCAACACGGCUGCCGGGGAGAGACCACCCACCAUGCCCACGGAGACCCUACAGACAGGUAGCAUGGUGAAGCCGGUCAGCCCCGCGGGCACCUUCACCUCCGCCGUGCCCCUGCGCAUCCUCAACAAAGGGCCCGACUACUUUCGCAGGCAGGCUGAGCCCAACCCCAAAAGACUCAGCGCCGUGGAGAGACUGGAAGCCGAUAAGGCCAAGUAUGUCAAGAGUCAGGAGGUCAUCAACGCCAAGCAGGAGCCGGUCAAGCCGGCCGUGAUGGCCAAGCCCCCCGUGUGCCCCGCUGCCAAGCGCGCCCUGGGCAGCCCCACGCUCAAGGUGUUUGGCACCAAUGCCAAGACCGAGAGCGGCGUGCACAGAGAGAACCUGAAACUCGAAAUCCUGAAAAACAUCCUCAACAGCUCAGAAGGGUCCAGCUCGGGCUCCGGACACAAGCACAGCUCGAGGAACUGGCCCCCGUACAGGCCCGAAGCCCCCGAGCUGCAGCGACACUCGUUCGCAGAGUCCCUCAAGGUGGACCCCACGCAAGCCCGCGGCGGCGCACAGGAGGGCGGCUCCCACCUGGGCCGCAGGCUGCUGGAGCAGUCGGCCGAGUCCUUCCUCCACGUGUCCCACAGCUCGUCGGAUAUCCGCAAAGUGACCAGUGUUAAGCCCUUCAAAGCGAUCCCCUGCAGUAGCUCUGCCCCUCCCCUGCCCCCCAAGCCCAAGGUGGCCGCCGUCCCCACCGUGAAGUCCCCGGAGGCCGCCGAGGCCAUGGAGCCUGCGUGCGGAGUCAGCAGAAGACCCUCCCUGCAGCGCUCCAAGUCAGACUUGAGUGACAGGUAUUUCCGAGUAGACGCAGACGUGGAGAGGUUCUUCAACUACUGCGGACUGGAUCCCGAAGAACUAGAAAACCUUGGGAUGGAGAACUUUGCAAGGGCUAAUUCCGACAUAAUAUCCCUCAACUUCCGCAGCGCCAGCAUGAUCAGCUCAGACUGCGAACAGUCUCAGGACAGUAACAGUGACCUUAGAAAUGAUGACAGUGCCAAUGACCGGGUGCCAUACGGCAUUUCUGCCAUCGAAAGAAAUGCUAGGAUCAUCAAGUGGUUAUAUAGUAUCAAACAAGCUAGAGAGUCCCAGAAGGUCUCCCACGUGUAAGAGCAAGUGUGUGCAGAGGAGGGGCGGGGCGGGGCGCUGUGCAUCGCAGUUGUGAAGGUUGUGAGGUCUUCUUGAAGUGUUGUUAAGCUUCCCCACUCUUUGUGUUGCUUGUUGUGCAAUGUUUUCAAAUUGCAUGCCUGUCAACAUGGGGACUGACCUGACUUCCACUCCACCAUCGCUGCAGAGCCUGGCUGAGCACACAUCUGCCACAGAGUGUCAGGCCAGCAUCUAAUUAGGGCUUUGAUCUUAAGCAAAACUGUUUACACAAACAUGGUAUAUACAACUUCUCCAAUAUUUAUGUGGUCCUUGUGUUUUUUUUUUAUAUCCCACACAAUUGUGUCUUAAUUAAAAUGUUGUCAACUGGCAUUUAAGUCGAGAGCAGAAUCUUUUUGAAGUAAAAAGCCAAAUUGCCUACAUGUGAACCGGAAACAGUUGGGGAAAUCAAAGCUCCCCCCCCCCCCCCCAAACAGACUGGGACUGACCUGAGACAGAGCUUGGUGGGGUUUUCUGAGGAAGAAAACGGUGAGCCUGCUGACCAUGGUCACACAUACUGGGAUUCUCUGUCACUUACUCAAGUAGUGGUGGGGGCAGCAGUGCUAUGCUUUGUGUCGUAUGUGUAAAUGUGGAUGGUUUGUCUCAUGUUGACCCCCAAGAAAGACAAUCAAAUAAAAUGAUGGUAAUUAAAUCUAGGAGGUUGGGUGCUCUGGGGUUUUGUUCACGUUGUCCUGAUUUAGGUUGAUUCAAAAUUUUCUGCUAUUAUAACCUUUUUUUUUUUUAAUGAGAAUGGCUACUCCAAAAAUAGAUAAUGUCUUUAAAACAACAACAACAACAAAAAGUGGGGUUUUUUUUGUUUUUUGUUUUUGGUCAUAACUUAAUUCCAUGCUGAUUUUCUUUCUUCCCUCUUUCCCUCCUUUUGUUAUAUUUGGGGAAAGGGGAGUGGAGCUUGUGCAGGUUUGGGCUAUCUAAAAGACAUGAACAAAAAUGGAAAUACCAGCCAUAUCCGUGUAGCACCUCCAUUCAAAAGCAAAAGCGAAUGCCUUUGGUAGCUGAGCCCUAGCUAAGCAUUGUGGUUGUGUUGUCUUGCCUAUAUUAUUCUCUCAGGCCCUGGACCUUUGUUACUGUUCUUGGAAACAAACUAUAGGAAACAUGACACUAUGUAGCUUUUUCUACUUUAUGGUCUUUAGUGAUGCAGACCAACUUGUUCCUUUCCCUCCUCCUCCCAAUAACCUGUCUUCCAGGUGGUUUGGUUAGCUGUCAACCAGCUGACCAUUGUGGUGUGGUAGCAGAGAGGUGAACGUGCCGUGGUCUGCUUCAUUGCUUUUGUAGUCAUGCUCUGAAGUUCUCAGAAGCACUCCCUUAGAUUUCAUCAGCUAAUAGAAAACUUUUUAUGGUGUAAAUGCUGUAAGACUUUGUACAUACUUCAGUUGUUAUGAAAUCUUUAAGAAAAAAAAAAAGAAAAAUUAUGCUAAUAAAUAGCUCUGGUGCAGGCCCUCAUG